AUGACUUCGUACUACGGUCAUAGGGCGAGUCCCGUCAACUUGAACGCGCCGAAUGACGACUAUAGUCAGGACGUCGACACUUCCAAGAUCGUCGUCGACGCCCCCACGUUUACGAACCUCCCUGAGAGCUGCGACAAGUUUCGUAUCCUGGUCAUUGGAAAAGCUGGGACAGGUGUCAGUCACCGUACUGUCGGGACGAAGAGGGAAAAGGUCUGGCACCCGAUUACCUUUCCUGGCGAGAAUGAGAACCUCGUUCUGCACGACUCGGGCGGCUUCGAGGCUGGCGACUUGAAAUGUGUCGACGAGAUCCAUUCGUUUAUCAAGUACCGCCGGGAGCAACCCAACCUCGCAGAUCAGCUGCACUGCAUCUGGUACUGCAUCAGCUGCCGUUCGAACCGACCGAUCGAAAGUGCCGAGAAGGAAUUCUUCCUCAACGCCGACGUCGGCGACAUACCAGUCGUCGUCGUCUUUACACAGUUUGAUACCUUGGUUGAUGACCACUUCUGCAAACUGCUGCGCCGACGCCAGCGUACUCGUGGCAAGGCAGUCGACAUGGAACAGCUCGAGAGAGAUGCCAUGAAUGCUGCUAUCGCUGAUUACGACUCGGACUAUCGCGGACAAUUUGAACGAGAGUUUGGACGGCGGUUGCGUGUCGCUAUCAUCAGACUCAGCAUGCCGCAGACAGAUGAUGGCGAACCCUUGGAGACAACUGGCGUUGAUUCCUUGGUAAAGGAAACUAGAGGGAUGCUGCUUGAAGACGGACUGAAGCUUCUGUGGACGGCAGCACAGUGUCACUCCGCAGACAUGAAAUUGAAAGAAUCAAUCAAACUGGGUAUGGACGUCUUUUGGAAAGCAGUCGGUACCUCUUCAAUCCCCUUCAUUCCCUUUGUAGGUGCCACAGCCAUCUACAGCGCCUUCAUCAAAAUUCUCAAGACCAUCAACACCAUUUGGGGCAUCCCUAGCUGCACACCUCUUCUCCAUGACUCUAAGGUCCGUAACCUCUUCCUUCAAGGCUGCUUCGACGCUUCAGCAGGAGACAUUCUCGGCUCCAAGUUCCUCAUGGCACUCAACUUCUUCGGGCCAUUAACAGCAGCUCAAACAGCAACAAUCAUUCUCAAGAUGAUUGCCGGCAUUUCUCUCAUCUAUGAGAAGCUGUUCUGGUACAUCAAGAACCACCCCGAUAGGGUUGUGAGCCCAGCCACCAUCGGCCGCAUGGUGACCGAGUUCAGAAGAAGCCAGGGACAAAGGAACAUGUCAGCACGAUUGACCUUUCGGAUUCAUCUCGGAAACUGUUAUGACAAGGCGGCGUGCCUAGCUGAGCUGGAGGAGGCUGUUGAGGCGGGUCGGAGUGCGAUGGGCAAGGAGGGGAUGAGGAAGAAGACGAUUGUUGACAAAUGA